AUGGAUGCUCGUAAUUGUAACUGGGUGAAGACGCGGGCCAUCGGGAAGGGAGCAUUCGGAGAAGUGCACAUGGCAAUUCCUCAACCCCCCAACAUGGAUUAUUCAAAGUUGUUAAUUCCUAUAAUUGCAGUCAAGUCUGCUGAAUUCAAACACUCAUCGUCUCUCCAGAAGGAAGGAAGCAUCCUGUUCACAUUGAAAGAUUGCCCAGGGAUUGUCCGUUGCUAUGGAGAAGACGUAAGUGUCGAAGACGACAGGAAGGUCUACAACCUUUUGUUGGAGUUCGCUCCCGGUGGUUCCCUCAGAAAUCUCAUGCAGAAAAGCAGCAAAGGGAGUUUGCCAGAGUCCGAUGUGAGGCGCUACACUAGAAUGAUCCUUAAGGCUCUAAGACACAUGCAUGAGAGGGGUUACGCGCACUGUGACAUUAAACCCGAGAACAUUCUUGUUUUUCCGUCCAAGAAUGGUGAAAACAAUGUGAAGAUAGCUGAUUUUGGGCUAGCGUGGAAAACAAGAGACAACAUAAAAAGCUGUAGUCCAAGAAGUGGUGGUUCACACCGUGGAGAUCUUCCCUUCGCUUCUAUUUUGCAUGGUUCAAACAUAGAGUCAAUGGAUAUAUGGUAUCUCGGGUACAUGGUAGCGGAGAUGUUGACUGGAAAAUCAGUAUGGGAGUAUCGAGAAUUUUGGGUCCCAGGACGUCAAGUUCCUCCUGGAGCUAGGAAGCCUCGAAAUAGCCAAAAGACUCAAAUUCCACAAAAUUUGUCUGAUGAAGGGCGAGAUUUUGUGAUGAACUGCCUAGACAGGAGAUCUGAGCGUAUGCAGACAGCUGAAAGGCUUCUGAACCAUCCUUUCAUUAUAGGUGAGCCAAACGGAGUGGUAGAUGAUGAGGAUGAGAUGGUGCCAUCACAGAUUAGUGUUGGUGAUGGCGAAUGGAUUUCUCGAGUCUCCAUGUUUGGAGACUUGGGGGCACUCGAUAAUAAAGAAAAAUUACAAGGGAAUUGUGAAAGACCAAGUUAA